AUGGCCUCACAGACUUCAACAAAUUACAAAGAAGCGUUCUCGCUAUUCGACAAGCGCGGCAAUGGUAGAGUUCCUCUCGAAGACUUGGGCGACCUCCUACGAGCAUGCGGUCAGAAUCCUACACUUUCUGAGAUAAGAGAACUGGAGAAGAGCGUGGGUGGCGACUUUGACUUCGACUCCUUUUCGAAAGUCCUCAACCGUCCAGGAGGUUUCAAAGACCCAGGCGAGCCAGAAGAGUACUGCCGCGGCUUUCAGGUUUUUGACAAAGACAUGACUGGCUUCAUUGGUGUCGGUCAAUUACGCUACAUUCUGACAAACCUGGGGGAGAAAAUGAGCGACGAAGAGGUGGACGAGCUCCUCAAGGCCGUUGACACAAGCUCUGGCGAGAUAAACUAUAUGGAGCUCGUGAGGACGAUUCUGGCGAACUAA